UGGUUUUGGUGUACUGACAGCUACUAACCAAAGCAAAGAGGCCCUGCGGCAGUCUCGGGAUCAGCAAGCAGACCUCGCGAAGUAGUAUAAAGCCAACCCGUCCGCUCCUCCAAGUCCGCUUCUUUCUCUCCUUCCUCCCUCAUCGCCAUCAGCUCCUCCAGCAGGCUUCCCACAAACGGCUACAGCGACAGCACAGCAACAGCAAACGCCCGGCAUCCCAACCGCCCCAGCACCGCCAUCCAUCAUGCACUUCUCGUCGUCCGUCCUCGUCGCCCUCGCGGCCACCGCGUCGGCCAUCGACAUCAGGGCCUACCAGGCGGACGGCUGCAACGGCAGCACCCGGUCCUGCGCGAACAUCAACCCCAAUGUGUGCUGCACGUUCCCGCAGGACGCCGGCAUGGCCAGCGUCGGUUUCGCCGCGAUCCCGACGAACUGGCGCAUCCGCUGCGAGGCCUACACCGAGGGCGGCUGCUCGUCCUUCGGCGGCCAGGGGGACUCGAACGGUGCCGGCUUCGUCUGCCUGCCCUUCACCACCCGCGGCAACCGGACGGGUGGCAAGUACUGGUUCCUCAACCGCAAGCGCGCCAUCGAGGACACGUGCCCCGCCGAGCAGGCCGACGGCGGCAAGUGCACGAGCUCGGUCAAGUACAACACGGUCGGCCUCGCCGACGGCACCGAGUACAACAUCACCGGCCUGUCGGAGGAGAAGGUCCAGGAGCUGGAAAAGCUUGCCGACUCGGGCGCCAGCGCCGACGCCAUCCCCGUCGAGUUCCACUCCUUUCGCCGCUAAGGUGGUCGCGGCGAAGUGAUGUCUAGGGUCUCACUGAUGUCGGGCGUGUCUCCAAGGAGGAGCUAGCGAUUACGGGGAUGAGGACUGGGAACACAGCACACCACUCAAGUCCAAGUGUGGUGCUUGGAGCGAUGUCCGGAUCGGACGCUGACCAGCUAUUGUUAAUUGUUAGAGUCAGUGGUUGUGGUCAAGGACCAGAUAGGACGCUCUCUUGAAAUAUAGUAAAAAAAAACUUGGAUUAACACAAACGAUGACAAGGAGUGAUGGUUGCG